AUGGUAUUGGUGAAUACGAAUUUCACUAUUGAUCCCAACUUAUUAGACGCGGUUCUACCUCGCAUAGGUGAAUGUGCUAGGGGUAUGCUGACACCAAACAUUGAAGGACGUCUCAUAAGGGGCAUAAAAGUGACGGUUGAGAUCCCCAAGGUUAGCUCUCCGCAACAGCUUAAUGAAUUCUGUCCAAUCUCUCUAAUUGGGUGUAUCUACAAGGUGGUGGCUAAAUUGCUAGCAAUUAGACUGCAACCGGUUUUGGCUAAGGUCAUUGAUGAGAGGCAGUAUGCAUUCAUUGGCGGUAGAAACAUGUUAGAUAGUGUUAUGGUGGUUAAUGAGGUAGUCCAUGAAGCUAAAAUCAGGAAGCGACCAACUUUAAUCUAUAAAGUUGUUUAUGAUAUAGCAUAUGAUUCUGUUUAUUGGGACUUUUUGGAGUACAUGAUGAGGCGCAUGGAGUUUAGUGAGAAGUGGAUUGGGUGGAUUAUGGGGUGUCUUAAAUCUGCGACUGUCUCUGUUCUUGUCAAUGGGAGCCCAGGUAGGAAGUUUCGAGGGUAUUUGGUGGGGGACAGCUUGGACAUUGAUGUCUCUUUGCUCCAAUUUGCUGAUGAUACAAUCUUUAUUGGGGAGGCAUCUAUCCAAAACUUGGUGGUGUUAAAAAGUAUCCUCCGUUGCUUUGAAUUAUGCUCCGGGUUGAAGGUUAAUUUUCACAAGAGUAAACUGGCAACUGUUGCGGUUGGGGUUGGGGUGGCUAGCCAAUUUGUGUCUUUUUUAAAUUGUAAGGUGAUGGAUAUACCGUUCGUGUAUUUGGGAAUCCCAGUAGGUGCUCGCCCAAGUUGUCAAAGGAUGUGGGAACCAGUGAUUAAUAAAAUUAAGAACAGAUUGUCUUCUUGGAAACAAAAGCUCAUUUCCUUUGGGGGUUGUAUAUGCCUCAUUCAGAGUGUGUUAUCCUCGCUCCCACUGUUCUUCUUGUCAUUCUUCAAGAUGCCGCUGUGUGUGGCGAAGAUCUGCACUAGGCUGAUACGGAACUUUCUGUGGGAGGUAGUGAAGUGGAGCGGAAAAUAG